UCUCUCAGGUCCCCCCCUGUCCCCGUUUGGGGACUGUGUGUAGGGAUCGCGCUGCGCCCUCCGUGGGGAGGUGCUGUGUGCUGGCUGGGGGCCUGACCUCGCACCCUCCUCAGAGGCACGGGUAACCUGUGGGUAUGCAAAAAGAGAAGAAGGGUGAUCCUGUGUUAGGGCACUCACUUGGGGACUUGGAGAGCUGGAGUUGAUUUACCUGCUUCAUCACAACUUCUGUGUGACUUUGGACAAGUCACUUAAGCCCAGAUCCUCAAAGGCUAUCUUGGACUACCUGGUUCGUUUGAGGAACUAGGGCCUGGCACACUCUUCCAUUAGAGUUCAGCUCACAGCCAUCUCCGCUUUUCACCUACCAGUCCAAGGACAAAUGAUGUUCUCCCAUGACAUGAUGGUCAGAUUCCUGAGAGGGCUGGAGAGACUCUUCCCGCAGGUACGGGCUCCUGUCCCGCAGUGGGAUCUUAACUUGGUCCUCUCUAGGCCUAUUGGCCCUCCCUUUGAGCCACUGGGUUCCUGCUUCUUUUCCCACCUGUCAUGGAAGGUCGCGUUCCUGGUGGUAGUGACAUCAGCGAGAUGGGUCUCUGAGAUUAAAGCCUUGACCUCAGAACCUCUGUACAUGGUCUUCUACAAAGAUAAGGUUCAGUUGCGGCCCCACCCAGCCUUCCUGCUGAAGGUGGUUUCUACCUUCCAUAUGAACCAGGACAUCUUCCUCCAGGUGUUCUGUCCCAAACUGCACAAGACCAGUGAAGAAAGGCGUCUUCACUCCCUGGAUGUCCAGAGGGCCUUGGCUUUUUACUUAGAGCGUACCAAACCUUUCUAUAAAUCGAUUCAACUCUUCAUUGCUACAGCGGGUAAGAUGAAGGGUCACCCGGUGUCCUCGCAGAGGAUUUCCAAUUGGAUUACCUCGUGGAUAAGGACCCCAUGCAACACAUCUCGAAGAACACCGGUUACGGAAAAGCAUUUCCCAGCAUCUGAGGCACAUCCUCCCAAAGGCCUCAUGGUGGGCGGUGAUGGUGAUCAUGGUCCAAGAAAUAUCUACCAGACCCAUGGAUAUUAAGUAAAUAUUGUA